UAAAGCCCUAUGAAGAAGCAGCGCUGGGUCACAAAACAGCAGCUAGCUGCUUAGCUUCCUGUCCGGCUGCGGGUGCUUUACCUCCGGGGAUGAACAGAAACAAACUGCGCGCAGUCUGGCUGUCGGCACAGACACUUUAGCUGAUUAUUAACUAAUGACAACGCUGUUGAUUUGUUGUGCUCCCUGCAUUGUGAAUCUCAGAGGCAGACCCCGCUAGUUGCUGCUCCAUAGCCUACCAUAGGUUUAUAUGCAUCUAAGCUAGCAGCGGCAGCUAACACCGGAUGAACUCGACCCUUUUACCUUUGCCAUCCAGCUGACACGAGUGGAUGGAAAUGUCUGUCAGAGAUUUAUUUGGAAAAGCUGAUUUUUUUUUUUUGCAUCUCCAAUCAGAAUAUUAGAUGUCACCCACUCCACUGCCUAUUAAGAAAAUCGUUUCAUUAUACCAAUUAUCAUAACGUCUGCGGUUAUAUUGGCCAAACGCCAGAUUCUCCAUUUUGUUCUGUUUUGUGUUUGGAGUGAAGUUACUGAUGGACAAACUGUUCAGCCAAUCUGUAAACAACAUGAAGCCUCACGCUCCUCCCGGUGGACUACUGCAGACCUCACUAAUGACUCCACGUGAUCAUGGCGACCAACCUGAAUCUGCUCUCUCAGCAGAAAUCAGACUCUGAGCAUGAGGCAGAGGGGUCAUGCUCUCCAUCAGAUCCAGUGAUGGGUGAGUCUCCCCAGCGCUUCCGGGUCAUCUCUGCAGAGCCUGCCACAACACCACAGCAAAUACAGAUUGUAACCGACCAGCAGACGUGUCAGAAGAUCCAGAUUGUGACAGCGAUGAACCCGUCCAGUGCUUCAAAACAGCAGUUCAUCCUGACAACGGCCGACAGCUCAGGGGCGAGCAAGGUUAUCCUGGCCUCACCGGAGACUCACAACUCGAAGCAGGUCAUCUUCACAGCUGCAGACAGCCUGAUGCCGGGAAGGAUACAGAUCGUCACAGAUCCAGUGUCAAUGGAGCGUUUGUUGGGACAGUCAGGAGAUCUAAGUCGAUCUCAGCCAGUGGAAUAUUGCGUGGUGUGUGGCGACAAAGCUUCAGGGCGUCACUAUGGAGCUGUCAGCUGUGAGGGAUGCAAAGGUUUCUUCAAGCGGAGUGUGAGGAAAAAUCUCACCUACAGCUGUCGCAGUAAGCAGGACUGUGUCAUCAACAAACAUCACCGCAACCGCUGCCAGUUCUGCCGGCUGAGAAAAUGCCUUAAGAUGGGGAUGAAAACUGAUUCUGUCCAGAGUGAGAGGAAACCCAUCGACGUUGUUCCCCGAGAAAGACACUCCAACUGUGCUGCCUCCACCCAGAAGAUCUACAUCCGCAAGGAUCUCAACAGCCCACUCAUCGCUACGCCAACCUUUAUCUCUGAUACGGAUACAGAUGGUUCCAGAUCCAGCCUGCUGGACCAGGGAAUGCUGGUUAAUAUCCAGCAGCCGGUUAUUCAGGCUGAUGGGACGUUGCUGUUGGCAACAGACUCCAAGAUGGAUUCUGAGCAUGGAAACCUGGGGACGCUCGCCAAUGUUGUGACAUCGCUUGCCAACCUGAGCGACUCCCUGAAAGAGAGCCUGAACAAUGGUGAUACCUCCGACAGCCAGCAGGAGGAGCAGGCUGCAAGCGAGAUUACACGUGCCUUUGACACUCUGGCCAAAGUCUUCAACCCACCUGAAGCAGGGGCAGAACAGAACCUGGCUGAGAAGUCGCAGUGUGUCAGUGGGACUACCAUCCAGCUGAUUGGACGGGACCAAGAGACGCCCAUCAUCGAGGUGGAGGGACCGCUGCUCACCGACAGCCAUGUUGGUUUCAAGCUGACCAUGCCCAGCCCCAUGCCCGAGUAUCUGAAUGUACACUACAUCUGUGAGUCGGCGUCCAGACUCCUCUUCCUCUCCAUGCACUGGGCACGCUCCAUUCCUGCCUUCUCAGCACUUGGGUGGGGGAGAAAAAGAAAUCUGCGCCACAAAAGUUUCCCUGUCAACUAUCCCUGUCAUGUUGCAAUGCUGCCACCUCCUGUUUGCUUGUGGUAUGUCUUACAUGUUUAUGCAUUUCCCAGUCAGGAGGCAAACACAAGCUUGGUGCGAGCUUGCUGGAACGAGCUGUUCAUCCUGGGUCUUGCUCAGUGCGCUCACGUGAUGAACCUGUCAACCAUCCUCGCUGCCAUCAUCAACCAUCUGCAAAGCAGCGUCCAGGACGACAAACUUUCUGGAGAGAGGGUGAAGCAGGUGAUGGAGCACAUCUGGAAGUUCCAGGAGUUUUGUAACAGCAUGACACGGCUGGAGACCGACAGCUACGAAUACGCCUACCUAAAGGCUAUCGUGUUAUUCAGUCCUGAUCACCCAGGUGUGGAGAGCAGCGGCCAGGUUGAGAAGUUCCAAGAGAAAGCCCUCAUGGAGCUGCAAGACUAUGUGCAAAAAACAUAUCCUGAAGACACAUACAGACUAACGCGCAUCCUGACACGUCUGCCUGCCCUUCGUCUAAUGAACUCAAGUAUCACAGAGGAACUCUUCUUCACUGGCUUGAUAGGCAACGUCUCUAUUGACAGCAUCAUUCCCUACAUCCUCAAGAUGGAGACGGCGGAGUACAACAGCCAGGACUCGGACUCGACAGAAUGACAACACACCAAGGACCUAAAAAGUGUCAGUUAAGUUUGUAAAUCUCAUUUUUCAGGUACAUGGUCUCUAGAGGGCUGUAGGUGAACUACAAAUCUUUGUUUUCUAACAUUACUUGCCGGAUUUGGCAUAACAUGGCAUUGGAAAACCAGGAUGACCAGGAAUGUUUUCUGCACUUCAUGCUGUGAGUCGCUCAUAACUACAUGGGAAAAAAAAAAAAUCAGUCAGCUGUAACUUCUCGACUGUCUCUUUUAAUAUUUUCUUCACAUUUCAUUGAGCACUUUGAUCCUCAUUGUCAAAUGUUUAAAUAAGCCUUAUAUUCUAUGAUGUUGAUCAAAUACAUGUAAUAUCGAGUACUAGCCUUCGAUUCCAAAACGUCAAAUAAAAUACCAAACACAGCCUGAAAUGUAAACAUCAGAUUAUGUAAACCUACAGGAGGAUCAUAUUGUUUUGGUUUUUUCUGCAGUCGGUACGUUUCAUGUUUGUGGCAAAGGUUUCAGACUCAAACACAGACGUCUCUAAUAGCCAAGAAAUUUAAAAUCACUUUCACAUCAAAAUACAUAUAAACUGGCUUUGUAUGUUUGUUUUUUAUUUCGUUGAUGUUUUUGUCCAAGUAUUUUAACAAAAGCUAAUUAACAAGCCUCACAAUUGUUACGUAUAAUCUAAAUGGAGGCCUUUUAACUUAUUUUGUUUAUUUUACGACACUUACACCCAGAUCAGCCAUGUUCAUACCGUUGGCCUGAACUAUGAAGUAGGUUUAUCAAGGUAAAUUUAGUUUCAGGUUCAGUUUAAGAUGAAGCUAAUUCACUUCUGACCUGGAUCUAUCACCAUGGUAACUCCUAGAAGACACUCGGGCAGCAUAAUAUUAGAAAAACAGAAAAUAAAGUGAUAUUAUUGCUGUACCCUGAGAAAAAUUGUAGCUGUUAUGAUUAACCCUUAUUCCUUUAAUUAUUCUCAUUGUUUUUCCAUCAUUGCAGUAUAAGUACAAUUAUGCUUUGAUCAUUUGAAUAUGAGAUCGAAAUGUACACUAAUCUUCACAUUCCCAGCAAUUGUUUUGGGAUUUUUUUUCAGGUGCUAUCAUCGGUAUCUGCCAACAUUAGUAAUUUGAUCAGCAUUGAUCUGAUUAAAAACAAAAAAACAAAAAAAAAAAACAAAUGGCAACAAGAUUUAUUUUCAUCUUGUUGCCAUUUGUUUCUGGAGGAGGAGGGGAGGAACUGUGUUUGUGACAGUGAUGCCGAUGCAGCGCAGGAUUGCGAUGAGUUUACCUGAAGCAGAGAAGCUCUGGUGAAGUCAGCGGUGUGGCUGUUUUUUUCAAGGCGUCGAAAGGAAUUUUGAUAUUAGCUCAUAUGUUCAUAUCAGUGCCCCCCUUUUUUUUUUUUUUUUUUUUUUUUUGCCAGCUUCCUUCCUUUCUUCGUCUUUUCUUCUUUAAUUACCGCUCCAUCUGUUUUAUAUUAACACUCUUGCAUCCUGCAUCACUCUGGCCUGCCGAGUUGAUAAUGAGCUUCCUACUCACAGAGAUGUAAUCUUCAAAUCUAUUUUUUAGUUAAACUGGUCCUCUAAGAGAAAAUGUGUUUGAACCAGCUUCCUAGCAGAAGGCCUUGGUCUGAGCAGUGCUGUUGUCUUUUAUUACCAUAAAGGACAUUUCUUGGUGUAUUUGAAUGUGGAUGCAUUUAUUAAGGUACACUGCUUUUAAAAUCUGUGCAAUCUCCUCCUCCACUUUUUUUCCUUAUUGACAAUCAGUUAUGUUUUGUCCUUCUGUCCCAUCAGUGUUACAGCUCUGUAGACACACACGUCUAUCUUUGUCUUCAAUCAAUUGAGAAUGUUUUAAAGACGAUUAUUUAAAAGCUUUGGGUUUAAAACUCGUUCUAAUGUGUAGCUAUGCUACACUUUAUGUCUCCAUUGGUAUUUUGUUGCACAUUAAUCAGCUUCUGUGGUGUUCCACUGCAUUUGGGCUGACUAAAGCUGUAUAUUUUGUAUGUUUUUUGAAAACAUUCAUUUGUUUUGAACAAAUUUGCUUGUUGCAUACUAAGUGUACUUAAAGUACUUUUUGGGCAGGUAUCCCUGAUUGAAAAACAAUGAGAUUCUGUGGAAAGCCAGCCUUGAAUGCAUUCAUGUCUUGAGGACAGCAUUGAGAUAUGCAUUGGCUUUACCCUCUUGUAUAUAUGUUUAAAUAAACAUCCACAGCAACAUGAAUGGUAACGGGGAUGUACAUAAGUCAGCCAGGUUUGUGUCUCAUGAACAUCAAUUGUAAUGUUUUGGUUUUAAACCUGAAAAGACUCUUUCUAAAAAGGCACUGGUGAUGAAAUGACGACAUUUGUACAUGUAAUGGACAUUAAAAUGAGCGCAUGUUGUUUUUAAACAGGGUUUUAUAAUCUUUCUGUGAGCCCUAAUAAGGAGCAUUGUUGUCAUUUUUAUAGUGCAUUGCCAUGCAUGAAGAAAUUGCUUAAGCACAUAUUAAUAAAUGCAGUAUGUGAAAUAUUGAUUUAAAUGUUGUGGCUUUAGCAGCUAUUCCAGAUGCAUAGAUCAUCCUCUUUUGUGGUAUCAUUUGGUUAACAUUUUUUGAUACUAUGUGAAUCUACUCUGUUCUUUUUUCUGUCUCCAAAAGUUUGAAUGGUGAAUUUUAAACAUUUAUUUCCCAAGAUGGUUACAACCCUACAUUUCUACCUCAGUGAUAUAAAUCAAAUGUAUUAAGAACUGAACUCUUGUUUCUGCAUUCCAGUAGGAGGCUAGCUUCUCUGAAGCAAUGCCUCUUAUUUCAACUAAAAUAAACAUCUAUUCAUUUAAUG